CCCCAUUUCACAAUGGCCUCCCUUGCUGCAGCAAAUGCAGAAUUUUGCUUCAACUUGUUCCGAGAGAUGGAUAACAAUCAAGGAAAUGGAAAUAUGUUCUUCUCCUCUCUGAGCCUCUUCACUGCGCUGGCCCUGAUCCGUCUGGGGGCUCGAGGUGACUGUGCUUCUCAGAUUGAUAAGCUGCUUCACUGGAAUGGUGCCUCAGGAUAUGCAAAUUCUUCCAACAGUCAGCCAGAAUUCCAGUCUCAACUGAAAAGAGUUCUUUCUGACAUAAACACAUCCCACAAAGAUUAUGACCUCAGCAUUGUCAACGGCCUUUUUGUGGAAAAGGUGUAUGACUUCCACAAGAACUAUAUUGAGUGUGCUCAAAAAUUAUACAAUGCCAAUGUGGAACGAGUUGACUUUACAAAUGAUAUAGAAGAUACCAGAGGUAAAAUCAAUGAAUGGAUUGCAAAGGAAACACAUGGCAAAAUCAAGAAUGUGUUUAAUGAAGGGAGCAUCAGCUCGUCUUCUGUCAUGGUGCUAGUGAACGCUGUGUACUUCAAGGGCAAGUGGGAGUCAGCCUUCACCAAGAGUGACACCAUAAAUUGCCGUUUCAAAUCUCCCAAGUGUCCUGGGAAAGCAGUUGCCAUGAUGCAUCAAGAACGGAGGUUCAACCUGUCUGUCAUUCAAGACCCAUCCAUGCAGGUCCUGCAGCUCAAAUACAGUGGUGGCAUAAGCAUGUAUGUCCUGCUGCCUGAGAAUGACGUGUUCCAAAUUGAAAACAAACUGACCUUUCGGAAUCUAAUGGAAUGGACAAAUCCAAGAAAAAUGACCUCUAAGUAUGUUGAGGUAUAUUUUCCUCAGUUCAAGAUAGAGAAAAAUUAUGAACUUAAGCACGACUUAAAAGCCCUAGGGCUGAAAGAUAUCUUUGAUGAGUCUAGAGCUGAUCUUUCUGGGAUAGCUUCAGGAGGUCGUCUGUACUUAUCAAAACUAAUGCACAAGUCAUACAUAGAGGUCACCGAGGAUGGCACCGAGGCCACUGCUGCCACAGGAAGUAACAUCGUGGAAAAGCAGCUCCCUGAGUCUACAGUGUUCAGAGCUGACCACCCGUUCCUGUUUGUCAUCAGGAAGGAUGACAUCAUCUUGUUUAGUGGCAAAGUCUCUUGCCCCUGA